AUGGGGUUCGGGUUUCUUUCCUACACAAGAGGACAUAAAGAAUGCAAUGGACGAGAAACUGGCAGCGCUCUUUCAAGAGAAAAUGAAAGGAAACUGACGGUUUCUGGCAAAUUAACUCUCUUGGACAGAGCUAACUUUGCGGUAGCCUGCAUGCGCAGAUGAGAAGCCUCAUCACUUUUUCGGGUGGAGACGACCGACGACCGGAAAUAUGCUAGGCUGCGUUCGCAGGCUAACAGUGAUGUUAAAAUAUAGAAAUGAGAAUAGAAAAAUGAGAUAAACGACAAACGACGAAUAUAAGCUAAUAGGGUGUAAUAGGUGUUUAAACUACUCUUUACCAUUGCCUAGUUCCCUAGUUUUAAAUGCUAACCGUCAACUGCCGCUUAAGCUUAUAAACCCUGGGCUUAUACAUCUUCGUAAGGGGUUUUUGAAAGGCUUAUAAACGGAGGGGUUUAUAUCCGAGGGGGGUUAUCACCGGAAUAGAAAAGGGCUUCAAAACAAUUACAAUCUAUAGCAAUAAGGUGAUCAAAAUUCGUUUUGGAAAUUUUACUGGUUUUUUUUAUUAGCUUCAAAAAUAAUAAAUCGCAUUAGAGAAAAGAAAAACUAGAUCAGCUAGACUUGUCCCAGGGAAUAUUUAACAAUUAAAUAUUUCAAUUCCGAUAAAAUUUUAAAGGCUUUGGUCUUUUUAAUAAACGUACAGCAUUAAAAAUUUUUAUUCAUCUCACUUGUAAGUAAUUUUGCAUCAUUCUGUCAUACUAAAGAUUUCCGCUGGCGGCCAUUUUAAAAAUGCCCUUGCCCCCUUCCCCCCCUUCCCCCCCGGGAUGGUCAUAUCCAUUGCCUAUAAUCUUUAAAAUGUUCCCCAAAAUAUAGCAUUAGUGUGCCAAGUUUCAUGCUUUUAUCAUUAACCCUUUAAGUCCCAAUGGUGACCAACAUCAAUUUUCUGCUAACCAUAUCCAUAGAUUGUCCAGAGAUUAGGUUAUAAGAAUUCAUAAAUUGAUCACCUAAGAGAAAUGCUUUGAUCUUUUAUCAAAUUCUCUCAACACAUUCUUUAAGGAAAUGUAUAGAGAUCAGUUUGGAGAAUUUGUAUGUGGAUACUGGGGCUUAAAGGGUUAAGUGCACAAUUGACCUGUCAAAUGGCACUUAUUCGCCGGAUUAUAUUGACUGUCUGUUUUUUAUUUAUUUUGCCAGAAAUCUUUUUUUUUUUGAAUUUUACUACAAAGUUCUAUAUUUUAUUUAUUUAUUUUUUUUCAAAACUUCAUUAAUUUACUUUUUUCACCGGAUGGAUAAAUUAAAAAUAUGUUGGAUAGCAGUUUAGGUAUUUAUUGCUGAAACCAAUAUUAUGUUAGCAGGCUCUUAGUUAGAAAGAACAGUGCCAAAUAAGUAGAGGUCAUUUUUUGUCGUAGUACAAUUUUUUAUACUAAUUAAACUAGCCUAGUGAGCAGCACUCUGCGUAGACUGCGAGCAGUAUCUUAUUUUUCUUUGCAGAGUUACUGCAUGCAAAACCUAAGCAAGCAAGCGGCGAAGUCGCUUGCCGCGAGAAACGAGGGCGUAAGCCCGAGAAGAAAAAAUAAGAGACUGUCUUUUCUCGUCUCGUCUAUAUAACAACAUCGUGGUUUGCAAUCGCGCUGGAUGAGAUCAAGAACUAGACGGAUUUUAAGAGAAAAGGCGGACUGCAAGCAGUCUACACUCUGCGAACAGUCGAUGUAAAACUUGUUUAUUCUCCUUCACGUUUUAGCUGAAACCGUGGCCCAAAAAUGUUAUCACGCCUUGCAAAAAAAUGUAACAGCUGCGCCUGUUCCCUUUCGUAAAUCCGGCCAAACCUUCAAUGUUUGAGACCAUCAUUAUUUUUAGUCAUAUUAUGGCUUGAAUACAGGAGUUUAGUAAUUGAAUGUAAGAAGAAGAAGUCUACGUUAGUUAGACGAGUCGCGUAGGAGAGUGCUGCUCACUAGUUUAGUGUACAAAAUUGUAAAAAGAAUGUGGGAACAACUGAAAAUGCUCUCCACUUCAUGAUUUAAAGCACGAGCAUUCCUUUUUUACGUGGAAUUGAACCGCUCAUCCGGCUUCCGAAGACUGGACUGGAAGCGACUUUCAAAACUUAUAGUCUCCGUAUCAGAUGGGUCCAGUCAGUUAUCGGAUACUCGCUGAGAAGUAUAUAUGCAUUCAACACUUAUCCUAAUAAGAAAUGGCCACGGAUGAUAUAAAGGUAUGUAUAUGAGCUUAAGUACAGUAAAACUUGUUCAGAACUCCCGGAUAACUCCGACUUAUUUCACUUUUCCUUGAGUCAAUUUUCAGUUAAUUUUAACUCGCAUAUAUUUUGGCCUCCGUUGAAUUGAAUGUUUUUUCUUCCCUUGGAAGUUCAAGAGAAAGAGGGUUUCUUCCUGAACAAGUUACCCCUUGAAUCGAUGGAGAAAACAAACGUUUAUAAUUAGUUACUGUGCUUCCUGCCAAAAAAAAACAACCAAACAAACACGCACACAAAAAUAGUUGGAAUAAAACUUCAAAUCUUUAAAGGUCUGAGAAGAGGCUUCGAGAUCAGAGAAAAACGUCUGCCAAAGGAUGACGAGUUGCACGUAAUAUCGCCUUUUUGUAAUGUUUUGUCCUGCCUAGAUUUAUAGCUUAUAAAGCUAUAUGCGGGGAAAAUACAGUAUACUGUAAAACCUUAUCUUUUUUACAUAAAUACAUUGUCGUUUGUUGGAAAAAAAAAAUGUCGAAAUGUACCUUAAGAAAUGAAAUUUGCCGACACUUUGUAAGUAAAUUUGUGAUUUUCCUAGAAAUCGCUAAAUCAAAAUGCGUCAUAGUCACCAAAUUUAGACGUCGCAAAAUAACGUGCCAUGUCAGGGACUAUAAUAACACGGCCCGGCAUCUGACGUCACAGGUUGCACAUUCAUUCGUACCAAAAGCUCUAUUACUGUCGUAAAUAAGGUAGUAAAUUACCUUUGAAUAAAUUCUUUAAAGUCAUAUUUUCUAGAAUCCCUAAAAAGCUGUGUUUUGAAAGGCGAAAAGUUUAAGUUUUAAGUUUAGUGAUUUGAAGCGUGUUCGUGGUAAAAGUCAUGUAAUGGGACUAUGGUUCACUUUGGUAACCGGACUGAUAUCACUAAUGUCGAGGCCGUAUUAGCGCGUUUCUGACGUUUGAGGAAGUCGUAAUGUUAUGAAAUGAUUCUUGGUAAUUUUUUUUCAUGUUGUUUAAAAUAAAAGUAUUGUUUCCCAUAAUUAGUUUACUGUCUAACACGUGACCCACCCUAUAUCCCGGCGCGUGUACAACUUGUUAGUAAAUCAAUAUUAUCUGAUUUGUUACGCAUUACUUACCCAUAACUGUNUAUCCUAAUAAGAAAUGGCCACGGAUGAUAUAAAGGUAUGUAUAUGAGCUUAAGUACAGUAAAACUUGUUCAGAACUCCCGGAUAACUCCGACUUAUUUCACUUUUCCUUGAGUCAAUUUUCAGUUAAUUUUAACUCGCAUAUAUUUUGGCCUCCGUUGAAUUGAAUGUUUUUUCUUCCCUUGGAAGUUCAAGAGAAAGAGGGUUUCUUCCUGAACAAGUUACCCCUUGAAUCGAUGGAGAAAACAAACGUUUAUAAUUAGUUACUGUGCUUCCUGCCAAAAAAAACCAACCAAACAAACACGCACACAAAAAUAGUUGGAAUAAAACUUCAAAUCUUUAAAAGUCUGAGAAGAGGCUUCGAGAUCAGUCUGCCAAAGGAUGACGAGUUGCACGUAAUAUCGCCUUUUUGUAAUGUUUUGUCCCCCCUAGAUUUAUUAAUAGCUUAUAUAGCUAUUUGCGACGUAUAUACAGUACACUGUAAAACCUUAUCUUUUGUACAUAAAUACAUUGUCGUUUGUUGGAAAAACAAAAUGUCGAAAUGUACCUUAAGAGAUGAAAUUUGCCGACACUUUGUAUAUAAGUAAAUUAGUGAUUUUCCUAGAAAUCGCUAAAUCAAAAUGCGUCAUAGUCACCAAAUUUAGACGUCGCAAAAUAACGUGCCAUGCCAGUGACUAUAAUAACACGGCCCGGCAUAUGACGUCACAGGUUGCACAUUCAUUCGUACCAAAAGCUCUAUUAUUGUCGUAAAUAAGGUAGUAAAUUACCUUUGAAUAAAUUCUCUUAAGUCAUUUUUUAUAGAAUCCCUAAAAGGCUGUGUUUUGAAAGGCGAAAAGUUUAAGUUUAGUGAUUUGAAGCGUGUUCGUGGUAAAAGUCAUGUAAUGGGACUAUGGUUCACUUUGGUAACCGGACUGAUAUCACUAAUGUUGAGGCCGUAUUAGCGCGUUUCUGAUUCUCGAGGAAGUCGUAAUAUUAUGAAACGAUUCUUGGUAAUUUUUUUUAUGUUGUUUAAAAUAAAAGUAUUGUUUCCCAUAAUUAGUUUACUGUCUAACACGUGACCCACUCUACAUCCCGGCGCGUGUACAACUUGUUAGUGAAUCAAUAUUAUCUGCUUUGUUACGCAUUACUUAUCCAUAACUGUCGAAACGCGAUUCAUAUUUAAACGAGGUCCCUGUUUUACAACUGUUAUAGCCUUUAUUCAUUAUGGUGGGACCCGAGCUUGUAUGGCUUGGCUUGUAUGGUUUUGGAAAAAGGAAAGCAGCAAUGGCAUCUAUUACCAACUGGGUUAUAUUUUACUUUGGAUUUUGCACGCAUGUUUUUCCUUAAAAUCUCUUAAUGUUUGAGGACAUAAGAUAUCUGUAAAGCCGAAGAGAUAGAUUCACCUGGUUCUUGAGCUUUCUUCUUAGAAAAAGUUCUCAACAUGGGGGCUGGUAGCCUCCCAGGCAGACGUUCUUGGGGGUUCGUCACGCGUUCGGGCACCACUUAGUGGGGUAGGAACGCGUGACGAACCCCUAAGAACGUCUGCGUGGGAAGCUAGGGGGCUGGUGGAGUUCAAGACUUUGUAAACCCCCAGUUUUGGUUUAGGCCCUCUGCACUGAUGAGCAGGUAGACGUGAGUCAAGUCAUUCUCCUUUCGUUACAAAACCUAAACGAUUUCUAGGUUCUAAGAAAAUGUCGUUAAAAUGUCCUUCCAGUUGCUGCAAGAUCCCUUGGAGAUAUAUUAGUUCUGUUUAAUUAACUCUGUCACGCGAUUUUUUGAUAUUAUUAAAGAUUUAAGGACAUAAAUAUCUCCAACGUGCUUUGGUACACUAAUAUGAGCUUGUUCGACCUUUUUGCCCGAAGGGUUAUUUAACAGACUUCUUCGAGGUCCUAUUACCAGAAGAAGUAAGCGGAUCAAAGGAUUACUACCCCAACCUUCAACCCCCAGUUUACGCAAGAAGGGUAACGCGAGGGUUACCCUCCAAGAGCUACCCUCCAUGUAAACAAGACCUAAGUCAAAAUUGCCUAGCAUUCUUGGGUUUUCUUGAGGGACAAUGAGAAGAGACUAUGUAAUUUAUUUCAACUGUUGUAAUAUAUGCAUUGAAAUAAGAUAAGAGACUUAUCUCUACUUGGAUGGUGUGUGAAAAAAAAAAAGUAAGGAGAAAAUUCCCCGACAAAUCCCUCAAAAUUCCAGGUCAAAAGCUUUCAAAAGCUGAUUGGGACGCUCCCAUCGCAUCAAAAAAUCACAGUCGUGUAUUAUCAGGCAAAUUUCUAUAGUCCUAUUCAAGACUACGUUCACUCGGACGAUCAAUAACAAGUUUUUAAACAUAAGUUAUCAUUUGCUAUAUCAUUUUCAUUCUGAUACAAUGGGCAACUACAUUGCUCUUUCCAGCGGCUUUAGGAUCAGGCAGCCUAAGUGGGAGCAAUUGAGUCUUAUAUAAAAAGAAUAGAUGCAUGGAUGCUUGCAAUCACAUUUGUUCAAGCUGAAUAGGGGAAAAAAUAGAUAGAACUACUGGGGAUUGAACCAAAGCGAAAAGCCCUCCAACCCACUGAGGGUGUUCUCUUGGCUGGAGAGUACAUCAAAGUCUCAGUUUAUAACCCUAAAAAUAUAGGUGUAAUUUUUUUAAUAAUAUCAACUUCGAGAGGUAUGUUCUGCAAAAUAGCCUUCUUUCACUUACGGAAUAUGACAAAAAAUACACUGAACAGUUUCUAUCAAGAUGAAUCUGAAAUACUUUUCAUGCAUUUAUUUCGCCCAAGUUGGAUCAGUUUGCAAUGCACUUCAGCCUAUUAUUGCCCCCUCCACAGGGGAGGCGAAAUCCCGAGGAGGAAUCCUAGCAGCUCGCCCGUUUAUAUGGAAAAAUACUUACAGUUGAAACAUACAGUCAGCAUAAGAAGAAAAAAAUCUCGAUUUGCUUGAUCAUGGGCCUCACAGAAUAUUUUCGUAAUGAUGACGUUUCUAUUGUUCACUCACGCAAGUAAGAGAUGGUUAGGAUGACGUAAAACAGAAAUUCCCCGAAGUGAUCGCUUAGGUUGAUUUUGUGACAAUAAUAAUAACAAUAAUAAUAUUGUGCGGUUAUACUUCGAUACUCUUUUGCGUUACAUGUCAUCAGUGACAUUCUCUGGAGCAGCUGUUUUGAAAGUUAUGGACCAAGUUAAUAACACUCGUUAAGCGCAGAUGAAGUUAUAAGGUGCGUAUAAGGGCCUGUUUACAUCGAGGUGGGGGACCCCAGGUAGGUGAGGUAACCCGCAGGUUACCUGGGCUUAGGUGGGGUAACCCGCCUGUCCAUAUAAUCUCACAUUUUAAUGUAAUCACGUUUACGCUUCGGAGGGGAGGGUCCUUGGUAAAUUUUUUACAAAUUGGGGAGGGUCAAACCUGUUUUAUUCUCAACUGGGGGAGGGUCACAGUUUUUUUGGCAAGGAAAAAAUUACUCUAUAUCGCUUCUAUUUUGUAUAUACAAGCAAAGCUACCAGUCAAGAUUAUUCUUAAUUAUUUACAGGUGUCGAAAAAUUUAUAUAUCAGUAAACGAUCUUUUCCCAACUAGGAUAAUUGUCUCUCUCGACUCGUGUCCUCUUUCGCCCAUAUUUUGAUGUUUCGGGGGGGGGGGGGGGGGGGGGGGGGGGNNNNGGGGGGGGGGGGGGGGGGGGGUUGUGAUUUAUUGCUUUCAAAGCCUCGCGAACUUCCCACUGGCGCUUUCUUUCAGUCACGAAACAGUGGCGAAAGCGUUCCUUGUAGGGACAAGUGGUCCAAAAGGACAGGUAGAAUUUUGGCAGAAUACUAUUUGAGAAUUCAGUAUAUUCGUCCUGGGUUCGGGAACCACCCUAGGUCUUCAUCUUUCCACUUCUCUGGACUUGCGCUUUCACUUGUUCCCGCAGCCGAUGUGCCGCCAACAGAGUCAGAGGAGUAGCGGGCAUCCUUUUUAGAAUGGCGAGUCGGGAAACAGCAACAAUAGCCACAAGUUGCCCCAUCUGACCUCAUGAAAUCCUCGCAUUCACCACAAGCACGUUUCCCUCUUUCUACUUCUCGUACAUCCUUCCGCAUUUUCAAGUUUUCACCGUACAAUCACACGCCACGCAAUUAACUACUUUGUGCGCAGAUGAACGCUGUUAUAUGAGUAAAACUUCCAGUUUGUUAUUUUCACUUCCGGUUAUUUUUGUCUUGGGUAGGUAGGGGGGGAGGGUCAGAUGUUUUUGUUUGGGUAUUUCUGGAGGGUCAUGCAUUAAUCCAUUCCAGGAAGUGAGAGGGCCACGACUUUUUUCGCAAAAAAAUUCUAAAAUACCUCAUCCCGCCCCCCCACCCCAAUAAAAAACGUAAGACCAGUGAAUCAACGGCUAGUUUACCACUAGCAGAACGAUAGACCAUUUAAUUCUGUGCAGACGUAUUUCCUGCUCACAUAUGUCCUUCUACAGUGUAUAAAGAUUUUCUUAAAGUAUUGUCUUCAUAGUCAGAAAAAAAACUAGAACGUGUAAGCGUAAAUCCAAGGCUUAUUUUCCGGCUAUGAAAGAGAAAUAGUGAAAAAUUGCGAAUUCAAAUCAAAUCUUUUCUGAAGGUUUAGAAUAAAAUAUUCGUGAAAAUGAGAAUAAUUUGAUUAAAGCUGUGUAAAUCGAACUGAAUAAGUGCAUGGAACUUUUGCGUUUCCUGUUUUCAUCUCACCUAUUGUAUGGAAUAGUGUGAAAAUCUUUAUUAUUGAUCGGUAUAGAUAUUUCAGCGAGCUACACAACGACCAAGAAUCCGCUAUUCAGACCGACAACAUGCAAAGCAAAGUUUAGCUGUAGUGUCAACUAUAUAUUACUCAUAAACUGCAAGCAGGGUUAAGACAAUUGGUUCUAGUAGGCUGCAUUAUGUAGAAAAAUUCUGCUGCUCACCUGGUGUUUAGAAGUCGAAUCUUGUAACAUACAAAACCGGUACUUAAAAUCACCUAAAAGUACUACUUCUUACGUACAAGGAAAAUAAUGGCAUGGUUCCAAAAUUAACUGUUGGUCUCCUUUAGCCGUAUACUCCGACCAGGUAUCCGGUAAGAUCCUCUUCAAAAAAUCUUCCCUGAUCUUCCUGCAAUACUAAAGUCUAAUCUCAAGACUUAUGGAGACAGAUCUUUGGAAUACAUUACCUAAUAGCAUAAGAUCAACCCAAUCCCUAAAUGUGUUUAAAAAAUACAGCCUAUCUUUUAAAAGAAGCUUUUUAUUAGUUAUAUUUUAUAUUAUUUUGCCAAAGUAGGUAACUUGCAUUGCCUUUCUUUUCAUAGAGAGAAUUGUUUUCCUUUGAUGAAAAGUCACACAUAUGGCUUCAGCCAUUUUCAGCGCUGAUCAACUGCAUGUUCCCUGUGGAAUAUGUGUAUGCGGAUUGGAUUGGCUGCCGAGCACACAGCAGAGCUAGGCGUGCUGACCCAGAGUGUCCAACAUGUCCAAAUGAACGAAUCAAAGACACCGGAAGCCAGGUUGAAGGAUUCUGCAUACCUGACUUUGCAGUAAGGAAAAAUGAUGUUGACCGAGUUUAUGGAAGCAUGGUGGAUGUAACAGAUCAUUGGAAGCCUGACUUUGAUCACAUGAAGGUCGCUGACUCGUUCUUUGAAAGCGAUGGAAAGAAACAGAUACAAAUAUUCACUGCCGAACAUGUGGAAGAAGAUCCAAGAUACGCAAAGUUAAGGCUAACAAAGGAGUGGAAAGAUUGUCAUCCUCUUUUCAGGAAUGUUGACUUUCUUCAUCAUGCGUUUCUUCUUCCCGAUGCAGAUCAUCCCAUGGAUGGUUGGAAGCAAGAAUCACACAUUGGAGGAAACGCCGAUUUUUCGUACACUUUCCAUGGUCCUGUUCGUAAAUUAAAGGGUGGCGAUUUUCUUAUUUGCGAAGCGGAUGAAACGACAGUUUUUACAUACCCAGAUGCGUGGCCUGAGGCAGCGAUGGAAUGGUUGGUCCGACCGCGCCCAAGUGGCUGGCCUUCAUCUGAACUGGUUCAGGAAAUAUUCGAAUCCGGUUGUCAUUUAGCUCCCGUUGGCAGAGGAAAACGGCUUGAGGAUCCCGUUGAUUUUUACAGUUAUUGUAAUAAGCCAGAAGAAGCAGUGGUUUGUUCUUUAGUAGUUCCGACAGAAGGCAACGAAGAAAAGAGGUUCAUGGAUCAAACCGAAUGGCGCAACUCCUUUUCUUUGGCUGAAAACAAACUCGGAGAGAGUGUUUUACCCGUGCAACGGCAUGUUAUGGUACUACUAAAGAUGAUCAAGAAAUGGUAUUUUCCUGAAGUGAUUUCGACGUACUUCUUGAAGAAUCUAUUUUUUUGGGAGUGCGAGAAGAAAGGUGAGGUCUUCUGGAGAGAGGACAAGUCCGGAAACUGUCUUUUAUUCAUGCUGGAUCGUCUCCAAGAGUGCUUAGAGUCUCGCUGUUUGCCACACUACAUCAUGCCGCAAAGCAACCUCCUGUUGCAUGAAGACCCAUCCAGUCUGAAAGAAGCUGCUGCUGUGGUCGCUGACGUGAGACGCAAUAUUUUUUCAAAAACAUACAACAUGCUGAGAAGACUGCAGUCAAUGAACUAUCAGUCACAAACGUAUCUUAUAAACCUUGGUUUGCAGUUAGAAGACCAGAUGACAACAAUGCAAGAGAGAAACCUUGCAGUUGAAGAUNGACUGCAGUCAAUGAACUAUCAGUCACAAACGUAUCUUAUAAACCUUGGUUUGCAGUUAGAAGACCAGAUGACAACAAUGCAAGAGAGAAACCUUGCAGUUGAAGAUCACCGAAAGCUUCUAAUAGAUAUACACUCGGUUUUUGUGGGCAAGUGCAAGGAAGUGAUAGAUUGUCUCCAAAUGAUGGAUCGCCAGGGCAUGGAAGCGCUAAUAAAUGUGGCUUUGUGUGUUUACCAGUCACUACUCGCAAGAACGCUGUGCAAAUUGUGGUUUAUCAUUAAUGAUGACGGCACCAAUAAAAACGCAUUGAUUGAGAAGAAUUUUAAUUCCUUUGUCAAGGAGGAGAUUGGAGCUCGUUUCCUGUAUAAAGACAUUCUCUCUAUUGCACAUGUCUUCUUCCACAAUACCAGAAAAGGGAUAGAAUCUUCUAUCGCAAUUCCUAUGACAAGUGCCAUGUGGCAGUUGAGAGACGAACAGAUGAAAAUAGCUCAAGAAACCACUGAAGAAGGCAAGGUAGAAUUGAAAGCAGCGCUGGAUAUAUUUAAGUAUUUGAAACAAACAGGUAAAAACAUGAGUGAUUAUGUGACAGAAGAUGACAUUAGAAUGUUAGGGCUAGAUCCAGAAGAACUUAGAGCGUCAAUUCAAGAAUUACAAAUGCAAGGAGCCAUGAAGAAUUUUGGGAGACCAAAAAAACGCUAA